AAUGACAACCCAGGAAAGAAUAUGUAGCGGAGCCAAGUGCGGUAUACCAUGUUAGAUAUAACAUGCAAUCGCUAUACCCAUUUUUGAUAACAAUCCUGGGCGUGAGACUUCGGAUCUUAUCAGCAUACCAGGCUCCAGGUACAAUUCGGGGUAGAGAGCAUCACAACUAUCUCAGCCAAGUACAGCCAAGUGCUAGGAUAGAGCGGAGUAAUAUUUAACAUGCCCUUUGGCAUUCCCGAAUUCUAAUAGUUCUCUAUUACUUCUAAGAACCCAUCCUUGGACAUCUAAGGUAUUACAACAAUGUCGGAGAAAAAAGACAGCCCCGCUGCCGAGAGCGUGGCCUCUGAUACAGAACAAGGGACGGGCCUCGUAUUGCCGAAGAAGAACAUAUUGGGGGACUUGAUACACCGACGAAAUGAUCCAAACCAGCUAGGCAAAGACAUGCUGCAGCAGUCGUUGCAAUACGACCGAGCGCAACUUGAAGCAGACGCCAUAAAAGUUCGAUGGAAGUUGGAUCUCCUGGUGCUUCCCAUGAUGAUGACCACGUACAUGUUAUCAUUCCUCGACAAGCAGACUCUCAACUACUCGAACGCAUAUGGCUUACAAGGAGACACGAAGAUGACUGGGGACGAUUACUCCUGGGUCGCAUCAGCCGUCUACUUUGGUUGGCUCUGCGGAGCGUGGCCGUGGAACCUACUGCUACAACGCGUCGCUAUUGGAAAACUGGUCGGUGGCAUGUUAUUCGUCUGGGGGGCUGUCUGCAUGCUCCAAGCCGCGGUUUUUAAUUUCAGCGGCUUCUUUGCUGUCCGAUUCUUUCUAGGCAUGCUUGAGGGUUGUAUCUCGCCUGCGUGGGUGCUCCUGACUUCGAUGCUAUGGACUCGUCAAGAGCAAUCCUUGAGAAGCUCCAUUUGGCUGUGUACGAAUGGCCUAGCAAACAUCCUCGGGGCCUUACUCGCUUACGCCUCGGGCGUUGCUGAGGGUCUGGCGAUAGCGCAAUGGAAACUAAUAUUCCUGAUAGUCGGCGCUCUCACGUUCAUAUGGGGGUUUGUCAUCUUGCUCUACCUCCCCGAUGGACCACACAAUGCGAAGAUGCUGACAGAAUAUGAACGUGCCGUUGCUGUUUGGCGUGUCUCCAACAACCAGAUUGGCCUCAAGGACGCAACUUUUCGGCCAUACCAAGUCAAGGAGGCCCUGCUGGACGGAAAAUGCUACUUGAUGUGGCUGACUGGAAUAGGACUCGGAAUCCUCAACGGUGCUAUAACCACCUUCAUGUCCGCUAUAAUCAAGGGGUUCAACUUCGACGCGCUCAGAACAUCUCUGUUACAGACACCAGGAGGCGCGGUCCAAGUCGUUGCUUGUAUUUCACUAGGAUUAUUCUCGCAACUCCCGAAUAUGGUGGGCGUAGCUAUCAUCCUUGGAUGUUUACCUGGCAUAGUUGGACUGGUAGGUAUCCUGACCAUUGAUAUCGAGCACCGGUAUGCGCUUGUCGCUAUGUGCUGGCUGGAAUUCGUCGUUGGAUCGCCCAUUGUUUUGAACUGGACAAUUCCCGGUCUCAAUGUAGCUGGGCAUACUAAGAGGAGUACCGUGAUAGGGAUUUAUUUCGUCUGUUUCGUCGUUGGAAAUAUUAUCGGCCCUCACUUGUUCCUAUCGUGGGAGGCGCCUAGGUACCCAACCGCAAUUAAAGGCCUCCUUGGCACUUAUUGUGCCGUCGUCUUUCUCCAAGGGCUCUACACACUGUGGUGUUGGCUUGACAAUAGGGAACGCGACCGACUGGCUCUCCACAACGAGGUGACAGAAGCGGAAUUGCUUGAGGGUUUCGAGGAUUUAACCGAUAAGGAGAAUAAACACUUCCGAUAUAAGCUUUGAAGGCGUCGUGAAUGAGACUAUAACUACCUCUUGUAAGUUAACGAAGGGUAAAUGUGUGUCCUUGAACGAUUUUGUAAUAGGGGAGCUGUUUGCGAAUGUCGAUCGAGAUAGACUAUAUAGUACGAAUACGAACCCGCCAGCGGUGACACGAUGAAGAUAGGUCAUUAAGGAGGAUAUUUACUAGGUAUAUAUGAUGCUAUCCAUGCUAGCGCGUCUCCCAGUAUCUCUACGCGUCGUCCCCUGCAAGUGAGUCACUACUUCCUAAGC